AUGGUGAACCUAUUCGCGAGUCAACAGCCUCGGCGCUUCGAGCUUCCCUCCCGAUAUAGGCCUCGGCGAGCUUCUACUAUAAUACCAGAAGCUAGCUUUGAGGUUAUACCGUCCCAUCUUGGAAAGUCAAGCGAUUCCACGUUGAACUCACUCAUCGAGGAGCUACCUCAGCAGCUGGAGAAGAUAGCCGUGUUGGGCUUUCUCACGGAGCAGGUUACGUUCGUGCUGGACACAGGGGGGCCCAACCAGUAUGACUUCCUUAACCAGCUCGUUAGUGCGGGCUUCUCUGAUCCCGGCGGGUCUCUGUCCACCGCAAACGACGAGCUCAAUGCAUUCGUCGCAGAGGUCUCUAAAUCGUCGAAUAACAUACUCCUCCUGGAUGGCUCUGACUUUCGAUUUGAUGCAAAAUCACUGGAGAGACUCAAGUCGAGGAGGUGGUUCAAUGACAGCCUCAUCCUUGCGUGUUUACAUCUAUCCGAUAAGUUGGGAUAUAUCCGCGUCGGAUUUUGCGUGCCCAUCCAUCAACAGAAGGAUCCCCAGCAGUUAAUGGCCCGCCCAUUUGAGACGGCUGCGAACAAAAUCUCGGAAUGGCAUCAGCAUACGGAAGCGGAGGAGUCCUAUGUAUGCUUCUUCCCGCUUUGCCAGCACGAGAACCAUUUCAGCCUCCUCGACGUCAACGAGAGAUCAGAGGGCAUUUCAUCCUGGAUCAUAAUUAGCUCAUUGGUAAUUCCACACCUUGAUGAACCAAGGGAAAAUCCCAAGCCUAACUACAGCUCUCAUCAGCACUCUGGUCGGCUGCAUGGAGUUGAGGCAGGAGAAUGGGAGGUUAUGCCAUGCUGUAACUCGUUCCGUCCACAGACCGGCGGCGAAGAACGGUCGGCCGCGCUCGGCACUCCUGCUAGACAAGGCCUUCCGACGGACCCCUGCAGACACGCACUGCCCAAGAUGUUGCAGCGUGUCGAUCAACCUGUCUUGAAGCUCAGCACACAGUCCGGAAACACAUGA